GGCCAGGCGAACUUCCGACGUCAACAAACACCACGUGACUUGACAUCGGCAAGGCGAACACCACGUGAUCACAGUCCUGGGUACGGGAGCCGGGACGGGUCACACUGUGCUGGGUUUUAGCGAGUGCCUUUUGUUUGUCGUGCGCUUUCCAAAGCGUAAGCUGCUGGCUUGCAAUGGUUACAAUGGAAGGAUUGUUGAGAUUCAGAGAAAGUCUUGGUAUCUCCGAAAGUUUAGAAGACUUGCAUUACUAUUUCAAUGAACAGGGAGAGCUCAGGCAUAUGAUUACCAAGAAACCCUUUCUAUACAACUUCUACAAAAAUGGAUAUGACCGAAACCACAAACGGUAUAAGAUACUUGGAGAUAUGAUUACUCUUCAUGUGUAUGAACUUCUGGAGAAAGAGUGCGACCUACAAAGCAUUCAAAUUCCAACUGAUGCCAGUGAUGAAGAACCAAAGUCAUUCUUUUUCAUGAGCAAAGAAUUAUUAAGUAUGCAGACAAGUCUACUUGUUCUUCUUCAAGACAAAGGGGUAAUUCGUGCUGGUCAGUGGGGGCAAAAGGCAAUAUUCCACCACUCUUUAGAAAAAGGUACACAAAUUCCAUAUAUUAAGACUGCCAUAAGGGACCACAUGUCUGUAAUAGUAUUGAAUCCCAAUGACAACUUUUUAGAGAUGAAAGAAGAAACCCAGAUAGUCGUGAAAAAGGAAGAAGAAUCUGAAUUUUUCUGUGAUUUACAUACAUCUCAUGUUCACAAGAAGGCUUUCAUUCCAAAAAGAGGAUGUAGCUCUCCAGAGGAGCACACUAGCUAUGUCUGGGACCAUUUCAUUUCAAAAAGUGCUGCUACUAAUGUGGCUUUUAUUGCACAUGGAUAUGGUGGGUUGGUUUUUCUUGAUCUCUUGUGCAAGAAAAGUGUAGAGGUGAUGAGCAAAGUAAGUGCGGUAGCAUUCAUAGACUCCAGCCACCAUACUGAGCAUCAAGCAAGAACAGACCCUAAAGUAAUGAACUGGAUGCGUACAAACUGCAGAAGCUGGGUUGUUAGUUUCAAACCUCUAGACAGACCUAUAGGCACUUUAAGAAAAUUUGAUUGUCACAAAGUAUCCGCUGGAACAGAAAACCACAACCUAGCACCCUAUAAUGCACUCCAAUCCGUUUUCAGAUUUCUUGGCCGAUCCUCAAAAUGUCGAAGAAGUGUAACCUUACCAUCAAGAACAAUGUUAACUCGAAGUGCUUCAAAGAAAAGACAAUCAAUUUAAACAGUUUAUUUAUAAAAAGCACUAGAGUCAAAGGGGCUAGGAAUUCAUACAAGAACUUAAAAAAAAUAAAAAAAUAUACUGAUAGUAGAAAAUACACACUUUAUGUGUUAUGCAUUAUUCACAAAAUGUCUAGAACUUUGUGUGCACUACAAUGAAAACAUAAAUAAAAAGGCAACUCAAU